GAUAUUACUUAGAAAAUUACAUAUAAACUAAAGUUAUUCGAAUGUUUACAUAAAAUGUAACAUCUUCUUUUCCUCUUUACUUAAGUGAAACAUAAACAUGACGACAGCACUAUAUCUCGAGCAUUAUUUAGACAGUUUGGAGCAUUUACCUAUUGAACUGCAAAGAAAUUUCACUUUAAUGCGAGAUCUUGAUGCUAGAGCACAAGGAUUAAUGAAAGACAUAGAUAAAUUAGCAGAUGAUUAUUUGAAAAAUGUAAAGAAAGAAUCCCCAGAAAAAAAGAAGGAACAAUUGACCCAUAUUCAAAACUUGUUUAAUAAAGCCAAAGAAUAUGGUGAUGAUAAAGUUCAGUUAGCAAUACAAACAUAUGAAUUAGUGGACAAACAUAUUAGAAGACUAGACUCUGAUUUGGCUAGGUUUGAAGCUGAAAUACAAGACAAAGCUUUAAAUAGUAGUAGAGCCCAGGAAGAAAAUAAUGCUAGUAAAAAGGGUAGGAAGAAAUUGAAAGAAAAAGAGAAACGGAAGAAAGGAGCUGCUGGUACUAACAGUGAGGAUGAAUCAAAAACAGCUAGAAAAAAACAAAAAAAAGGAGGAUCUGUUGCCUCUGCUUCAUCAGCUGGAGCAGUUGGAAGCGGGGCUCAAGUUGAUUCUACUGCGCUUGGUCAUCCAGCAGAUGUUUUAGAUAUGCCAGUUGAUCCUAAUGAACCAACUUAUUGUCUAUGUCACCAAGUAUCUUAUGGAGAAAUGAUUGGUUGUGAUAAUCCAGAUUGUCCUAUAGAGUGGUUUCAUUUUGCGUGUGUUGGAUUAACUACUAAACCCAAAGGAAAAUGGUAUUGUCCAAAGUGUACUCAAGAUAGGAAGAAGAAGUAA